AAAUUAUCAGUAAAUCAUUACUAGAAAUAUGGAAGAACAAUUUUAUGAUGCAGAAGAUGAUCUUGAACCACUUACCCCAACAUUAGAAAACAUUGUUAAUGAGAAAAGCCUUAAGUGGAUUUUUGUUGGUGGUAAAGGAGGCGUUGGAAAAACAACAUGCAGUUGCAGUCUUGCCGUUGAAUUGUCAAAAGUUCGUGAUCUUGUGUUGAUCAUAUCCACAGAUCCAGCUCACAAUGUUUCUGAUGCAUUCAAUCAAAAAUUUUCUAAAGUUCCGACAAAAGUAACCGGCUUUGACAACUUAUUUGCAAUGGAAAUUGAUCCAAAUCUUGGUACAGCUGAACUUCCUGAUGAAUUUGCCGAAGACGAAGAUAGUUUCCUCGGUAUGGGGAAACAACUAAUGAAGGAAAUGUUUGCUGCAUUUCCUGGCAUUGAUGAAGCUGUCAGCUAUGCUGAGGUUAUGAGACUCGUAAGAAGCAUGAAUUUUGAUGUUGUUGUUUUUGACACUGCUCCAACUGGUCAUACCUUGCGACUUCUCAAUUUUCCUGACAUGGUUGAAAAGGGUUUGGGAAAGCUACUUAAAGUUAAAAAUAAAUUAAGUCCUCUUGUUUCACAAAUGGGAAAAUUUAUUGGACUUGGAGAUGAAGUAAAUACGGAGAGCAUUGCAGGGAAAAUUGAGGAUAUUUUACCGACUAUAAGAGAAGUUAAUAAGCAAUUUAAAGACGUAACCAUGACUACAUUUGUUUGUGUUUGCAUUGCAGAAUUUUUAUCACUUUAUGAGACUGAACGUCUUGUUCAAGACUUGGCAAAAAUUGGGAUAGAUACCCAUAAUAUUAUUGUCAACCAACUUUUAUCCCAGACCCAGGAGAAACCAUGUAAGUUGUGUGAAUCCAGACGCAAACUACAAGCAAAAUAUCUUGACCAAAUUGAAGAUUUGUAUGAAGAUUUUCACAUUAUAAAAAUGCCUUUACUUGAAUCUGAAGUUCGAGGAAUUGAAAAAGUUGAGAACUUCUCACAAUAUCUAAUCAAACAACAUCCAAACUUCCAGAAAGAUUAAUAUCUGUUACAAUUUAUUAUCAGAAUGUCGAACAUUUUAAUGUCAUAUACUUGAUGCAUCACAUUUGAUAUUUGGAGCACCAUAUCAUUGGCGCUUCAAACAGCUUUGAGAUUGCAUGUGAUACUCAGUUUCCGACAUUCAUGCUGCAUCUUUCUUACUUUCCAAAUCCUGUAUUAUUUAAUCAAUGACAGAUGUAAUUUUGAUGCAAAAUUUGGAAUAUGGGAUGACAUUUUUAUUUGUAAUUGAACAUGAUUGACAUUAUUUUGUCUUAUGGCAAUUAUGCUGUUCUUCAGUGGAAAUACAGUGCCAUAAAUUUUGAUAACAAAUACACUGAUCCUACUGUGAAUUGAGAGAUGGUGAUAAAUACUGUAUGUAUGCUUUCGGGGAAGUAUGUAUCAAUAGGAAAUGAACUUGUGUUAGUUAUAAACAUUCAUUAAGAGUAUGUGAUUGCUUUGUAAUAUGGGCUAUAGAUGAUGUGAACAAUGUUUGUAAAUUUUAUUUGUCGAAGGUUAUCUAUGUGAUGUGUUGAAAUUGUGUAAAUUUUUAUGUUCUGAGUUGUACCAACUAUUACUUUCUAAUGUUUUUCUGGACUUUCUUCUUUUAUCCGGACUGAAAAUUUGUGCCAAUCAAGUUUCCUGUAGAAAUAAUAUAGCAGACUUGGCUUUAGCUAGUAUGACAGUGCAAAAUCUUGUCACAUUCUUUUAUAAUUGUGUUAAGUCUAGUUAAACUUAAAUCAUAGAGCAUUGUAAUUUUAGUUAUAGCUUGAUCUCGUUUUUAAGAGAUGCUUAUAGUUCUGCUAUCACUUUUUAAUUUUGAUUCUGAAGCACUUUUUAGAAUUAAAGAAAAUAGUGCUAAAUCUAAAUUGAAAUACUGCCAGUUGUCAUUCCGAGAAAUGUUUUAUUUUUUCAAUUUGUAUACAGUCAUAGUAUGUUCUCUUGAAGUAUGCAUUAUAUGUUGUAGCAGACUCAAUUUGAGAAUAAUUGUGAUCAAAAUAUCUAUUGUUAUUGUGCAUAUUAUAAAUCAAAAUAUAGAUCAUUUUGCUUGGAAUAAUUUUGUCUUGUUAUUUUAGAA